ACACCAACUGGUGAGACAGCCCCCCCUGGCGCACCACGCAAAGGCAGCAGUGCAGAGCAGCAAACGGGCCCCGAUCGGCGCUUAUAAAUAAAUAAGAGAUCAUACGCAGGACGCCUCACUACUUUAAAGCCUGGAGGAUGAACUUCAAGAACCUGAGGGAGUACCUGGCCUGGCUCUACUACCAGUACCUUCUCAUCACCGGCAUCUACGUGUUGGAGCCUUGGGAGAAGUCCAUCUUCAACUCGGUCCUGUUCUCGGCCGUCGCCAUGGCGAUCUACACCUCCUACGUCUUUGUGCCCAUCCACGUGCGCCUGGCGCUGGAAUUCCUCUCUGGCAUCAGCGGCGGCCAGCCGGAGAGCGCCAUGGCCCUCAUGAACUGAGAUGGAGACGCAAUUCCCCCCACGGGCAUUGAUUGAUUAGGAAUGAAGUCGAUUGUGUGGAAUUGAUUAUCACGUAAUCACGUUUUGAAGCGAUAGCGACAAAACGGAAUGGCUGCUUGAUUCACUUUCAACUAGUUUGCCGUGUAAAGAAGUCCAACUUGACAGCUACAGGAAGCUGAGCUACAUCUACACUAUGCCAAGUCUUUGAUCGAGCUCGAUAUAACGUGGGCACAGAUGCAGAAGUUCAGAACACUAUUCGCCCAUGAAUUUAUCCAUCAAGGGAAUGUAAUCAAAUGUCCAUCCCUACCUUAAGAUGUCUGUCCUCUGAGCCAGUCAAGGUGAAGAUUACGACAUUUUCAAGCCCAAACGCCCUGAAACAGUAUUCGAUUCUCAACGGCCGCUUUCACGCCCCCGCUGUCAACUGUUGUUUGUGUUGUUUUGAUUUCCUUUUCUCUCACCACAUGAUGCCUUGUGUAAGUGCCCGUCAGUUUUGCAUGAGAGGAUCCAGUACGAACAGAUUUGCAUUCUCCUCUCACUACAAAAUUGGCGCUUCCGUAGACAUUGUCUUGAUCGUUCCACAACGUUGUGUUCCAGGGAGCUAUGUGACUUAUUAUUUCUGCUCAGUCUGCCUCGAUUUUUGGUGCUUCUCCAUACUUGUCCUUUUCAGUUUGUUUUAAACGUGCCAUUCAAUGGUUAAACGUGAAGCCCAUUUUGAGCUCUGUUGCUAACCAAAACAACAGCGCCUAUUGAGGCCAGUAAGCAGUCUAAUUAAAGCUUAAAUGAGGUGGCCUGUUCUGCACUAAUGAUCUUACAGCUUUUUUUAAGGAGAGUUUCAGUAGCUCCUGAAAUGACAGCCCCACAACGUUGUGUUUGUGAUUUAUUAGUCCCGCCCAGUCUGGAUUGGUUCGUGUUGCUGUUUCUUUGCAUUUCUAUGUAAUACAGUAAUUAGCGAGAGAUCAUGAUGGAAAUAGCGGGGGGGGGGGAAAGCAAAUAACUGACUUACCCCCUAAAAGUUAAACCAUAAACACAAACUAUAAUCGCAAAACAGUUUGUUAUUUGAAACUCACCUUACAAAAUUACCCUUGAAUAUGAAGGGAUUAGUUUACAGAUCAUUUUAUUUUUUUUUUAAAUGCGUGGCAAACACUCCACAACUGUCCCUCUCUCCCUAAAAAAGGUUCCCAAAAAACUUGGACAGGUGCAAAUGUGCGGCAAAUAACUGUGUUCCUUUUGGUUUAGCUUUAAACUGUUUUAAAUGUGGCGACCCCUCAGAACUCUGCUUCUAACCAAAAUAGCAGCACCUACUGAAAGCUGAAAGUGUGGCGAUUUAAGUACACUACGCAGCGCUAAGGAUGGUCUUACAACAUUUUGUAAUGACAUUUGCAUUUCAGUAGAAUCUGACAUGAUUGCUCCACAAUGUUGUGUGGCACCAUGUUUUUUUGUUCCGUCCAGUCUAGGUGUGAAUGUGAGUGUGAAUGUUUGUUUGUUUAUACGUGCCCUGCGAUUGCCCGGCGACCAGUUCAGGGUGUACACCCCGCCUCUCGCCCAAAGAUAGCUGGGACAGGCACCAGCACGCCCGCAGCCCUCGUGAAGAUAAGCGGUACGGAAAAUAAAUGAAUGAAGGAACUUUAAGCACUGCAGAGAAGAGUGUUGUUAACAAACCUGCCCAAUUUGAACAAUUAAAAUAAUUGCCAAGUAUAUAAAAUGAGGCUUCAAAAUCGUAGAAAAUCACUCCAUUCUCGAAUGUUGUGGGUGUGUCUGCUUCUGCUUCAUCGAGCAACCUUUCUUUGCUACAAAUUCCGCGAUGAGAGGCACUAGCCACUAGCUAGCUCGCCAACUAACAGGCUUCCAUCACCUUCUCGCUUGGAUAUUUAUAUAACAACACCAAGCUGUUCUGUAAAUUAUGGCAUCCAGGGAAGAAGCAUUUUCCGGGGGGUAGGCAUAGCUAGCGAGCUAACUGCAUGCUGUAGUCGUAGACAUGGGCCUAGUUGUAGGAACUAUCUCGUAAUACCGCUGGAUAAUCAUUGAUGAGCAUGAACGCGCUCAGGUUUUUACAGUAAAUCAGGCAAACUGAAAUGGUGAAAAACAGUUGAAUGCUAUAUUUCCACAAUUCAGCAAUACAUAGUUCACAGUCUUUCCAUGUUUUAAGCAACUAUCUUUAAACCUGGAUAAUAUAUCUCGAAACAAAACUCUUUACAGGGAUUUUAAGGUUGCAUGCACUGAAACGCUAAACAGAAAAGGUGAACGCUAUGCAAUGAAUCCCAAAUCUUUGCAUGAGCUGUGAGCCCAACCUCCAUCCCUCCAUCCCUCCAUCCUUCCAUUCCUCCAUCCCUCCAGUGUUUUAACUGUCGGUAUUCCAGGAAGGUGUACUCGCCACUGAGCUCCAGCAAAUAUUGAUACAGCACGCUCUCGUACAUGGCGGGCUUGGCUUUCGCUUUGAUAAGGCUUUACUUCAUCUGCGGCCUACUGAGCCCAAAUGGGAAAUGUUUUGUCCGCACGUGCCGCAGAUUUAAGAGCCCUGCAUGAAAAGCAAAGUCUCGCUCGGCCUAUUGUUGAUCUAGAGAUCAAAGCCAUAGGAAUCAAAAAGUUUCCUGUUUUCGAGAAAAAAGGCGUACAUUUAUGAUGAUAAAUUAUUAUUUUUUAGCAAAAAAAAAAAGUUGAAUUUUAUCUGGGUAAUAAGACAAGAGAAAAGUCAUAUUUUUCCAAGAUAAAUUUGUGAUAUUAUGAUAUUAAAGUCACGGUUUAAGCAAGAGAAAAAAGUCAUAGUUUAUCAAUUAAAUUUCAUAAAUACAACUUCAUUGUCCUAAUAUUACAGCUUUUAUGCUGGAAAAUAUAUAUUUUUAAAGAUAUUAUCUCUCUUCAGAAAACAAACAAACAAACAAACAAAAGAAACAGACUUAUGAGGUGUGCCUAAAACGUUCCAGGACUGGUGUAACAAAAGAUAUACAGUGGUUCUUUGAGAUGCUGGUAACCCAACUUCCAAGUUAGUCACGAUACAAGCCAUCUUGCGGAAUUUUUUUUGCUUUGAAUUGCGAGCAAACAUUUGCGAUACGAGCACUGUAAUUAAGGACAGUGACCUUAAUUCAACUCACUAUGCAAACAGCAGUUUGGCAGAUAAUGAACAAUCAAAAGAGGCUUCAAACUCUUUAUUGCCACUCCCAGUUGACGUUUACCAUUACCUACACAUAAAACAGAGAGAAUUACACAUUCUGUGUUUGAAACAGCCAAACAACUUUGCCUGAGAAUUUUCCGGUAGCGUAAUGUUACAAUGAACACUGAAAAUGCCAUAGACAAGCUAACAAAUAGCAUUGGUUUUGCAGUGUUAUAACCUUUCAAGCAACUGAUAUUUGAUCACAAAUGGUAGAUCAACACAUGUAGACAGACAAUAUGACAAUACUCACAGGCAUAUAUUAUUUAUCCUCUGCAAAGAAUGACUAAUAUUAGUGCUGCUUACUGAGGAGCUGUGACUGUCCAUGUACAGUACAUCCGUAUGUCUGUAUUACAGUACAGUGUCCCCAGGUGGCCAUGGCACGCACACCAUCAGGGGGAACACAAUGUCUAUUGAAUUUAUUUAUUUUUUUUAAAUGGCAAAGUCUGUAAAAUCUUAUAACGUUCUAUUGAAUCAUAUGAUGUUUUUAUAAAUUAUAAUUUUAAAGAGUGCUAGUUUUCUUAUUAAAAAAAUAUUACAGCCUUUUUUUUUAGAGGAAAGAAUGGAUUACUGGUAUUUCCGUCACAUGGUUUGAGAGUGUUUUGAGUUAUAAGCGUGGUCAAGGAAAUGAUUAAACACUUACCUCAAGGCAUCACUUUUGUCAUCUUUUGAGACGACAGUCCUGGGACUUUUCCAACACGCCUCAUGUAUUUUUGAAAAAAUAUGGGUUGUAAUAAUACACUUUUUUAUAUAUUUAUUGGUGCGCCCAAUAGAAAUAGAAAUUAUUUUGCACACCCAAAAAAAAAAAAUAUAUAGAUAUAAAAAUAUAGAUAUUUAUAUCUGUUGCAUUCUCUUGUGGCCCUAAAACACACCAUACAAUUUGCUCCAACUUGAUGUGCUUUUCUUACACAUGUAUCAUGAAUGAAAAUCUCUUUUUGUUUUAUUAUCAAAUCCAAAAUAAAGACAUUAGAAACACAUAUAGUACUGCUCUUGUGCGGCUCAUGCACAGUAACUCGGCAGCAGUCACCAGGUCUUUCUUUGGGAAAU